AUGUCAUUGAAUCGCCGGGACCAUGCAUCACCACCUGGUCCUCCUUUGAUAGGCUUCGUCAUUGGCCAAGAUGACCAAGCUUUCAGGGGAUACCUCAUGGACGACAUUCCUUCCUGGAAGAGAGAGCUGCUUUUGCACUUCUCUGAACAUAUUGCUGGCGAGAUGGUGGCCAUCGAUGGAAGUCACAAUGGCUGGCGAUACAUCGUUCUUCCAAUGGCCCAUGCAGAUGAGCUGGUAAUGAACGCAGUGCUCGCCGUAUCUGCCUUUCAUAGAGAUGGUAUGAACACAGACUGCAUUAGGUACUUAGAGACCAACACGAAUGGGUUGCGAUAUUCCUCUCAACAACAGCAUAUCGGCCAAGAGCCUCCCCAUAGUCCACAGGCCCUUUACAACCUAACCAUUGACGGCCUGCGGCAGCGAAGCAACCUCGAGGGUUGCAGUUAUGAAGCGAACCAAGCUAUCUCGGUUGCGGUCCUUGUGCUACUCGUGGCGGCUAUGGUGACCGGAACGGAAGAUUAUUCAACAAUCCUCAGCAUGUUGCACUCGGCAACCAAUGUUCUUGGCGGCGAGCAUAAGCUAGGGGCUACUGAACUAGGAGGUUUCCUAGUUCGUCAGGUGCGGAAGUAA